UCCUAAAUAAAUUAGGAUUAAAUCAUUUUUUUUUAUAUAAAAACCCAUUUUCUACAUACAUGGAUUUGGGAGAAAAUAUUAUUUACUUGAGCGAAGUCAGGGACGGAGUAAGAGGUUCCAGAUGAAUGGACUCCGGUUCCGCGACUCCCCGUCUUGGUUUUGUGAUCCGGAAUUAAAUCUUGUUGCUGUUUAGUGGUUGUUUUUUUCUGGGGUUCUUUUGGAAUUUGGGGUUCCGUCCGUCCUCUCGUAUUUUUUUUGAGAUGGAUUUCCGAGGGAAGAAAUAUGAACGCGGGAGCAACUGGUCAGACCCGGAGGUGGUGGAACUUCUUCAACUGUGGGGGAACGAGUCGGUGCAGAUGGAGCUGGAGAGCUGCUUGAGGAACCAGCACGUCUUCAACCGAAUCGCUGAUGUCCUCAGGGAGAAGGGGAUCCACCGCACCGGUGACCAGUGCCGGGAGAAGAUCAAGAAGAUGAAGCUCGAGUACCGCAGGUUGAAGGACAACAGCAAGACCCUACGGAGCGGAAGAGCCUGGAAGUUCUACGAAGUGAUGGACAGGGUCCUAACCCAUCGGCCAACCCUUUCAUAUGGGUCUCUAGGUCCCGGAGGGCUCUUACCCCAGCCCCUGCUGCAUGGGCCGCUCUCCGAUGGCUUCCAUGCCCACUUCUCCCAGUAUGGCCAUACUCAGCACCCAGAGCUAAUGGAGAUCAAGUGCGAAGAGGUGCAGUCGGACGAACAGUGUCUGACCCCCGAGCCGCCCCCGUCGAUGACCUACAUACAGGAUUCUGGGGGGGAGCCCGAGGAUGAGGGUCACGCAAUGGGAGCGGGAGACUCUCCUAUAUCAAGGGUUGAGAUGCAAGGUGAAGUCAGCGUUUCGCCCUCAGGUUUCAGUGAAUCUAACAUGCCCGGCUCCUCGGGGGCCAGAGGACGACCGAAGUUUUGGAGGAAGAGGAAAAAACGCGAGUCGUUGGACGAACUAAUCGCCCAGAUGUUGGGCGCUCAGCGGGCGGCAGAGGAACGCUUCCUGCAGAUGGAGGAGCGCAGGAUGGAACAGGAGCAGGAGGCGGAGGAGCGCAGGAUGCGCCUGGAGGAAAGGAGGCUACAGCUAGACCGCCAGCACGAACUGCGCAUGUUCAGCGUUUUUGCCCAGAUGUUAGGCGUGUUGCGCCCAGGUGGAGGCGACCCCGUACCCCAGCCCUGCAUGCAAACUAGUUUCCCUCAAGAAGCCGAGACUCUUGGAGGAGCAGGAGGAUCUAGUGAGGUCCAGGAGACAGAUGUGGAUGAUCCGUACAACUCUACUCCGUUCUGCAGCCCGUAUCUCUCCACGCGCGGGAACAUCUUGUGUGGAUUUCGUGGCUCUGCGGAAGAGGGGUACCGAGCUUAUCACAACGACAAGUACGAUGAGGACAAGAACCCCAAUGGUAUCAUCAACUUUGGCACCAGUGAAAAUAAACUGUGUUUUGACCUGAUGUCUAAGCGGCUGACACAGACUGAUAUGAACGUCAUAGAGCCCCCGCUCCUGCAAUAUCCAGACUGGAAAGGACACAGCUUUUUAAGGGAGGAAGUCGCCCGUUUCUUGACAUAUUACUGUAAGGCACCGGCUCCUCUGAGUUCCGAAAAUGUGGUUGUGAUAAAUGGUUGCGGGUCACUCUUCUCCUCGCUAGCGGCGGUCCUCUGUGAUCCGGGAGACUCCAUUUUGAUCGCCACUCCAUUUUACGGAGGGAUUACGCAGAGCAUAUUCCUUUACAGCAGCAUUAAGCUGGUCUACGUGCACCUCGAAAGCAAGGUUUCCGCUCCGGGAAGCCGUCCUUUCCAGCUUACGGUUCAGAAACUGGAAGCAACGCUCCAAGCUGCGAGAGAGGAGGGAAGCAACGUCAAAGCUCUCAUCCUUAUCAACCCACAAAAUCCUUUGGGAGACGUUUAUUCCCCUUCGGAAAUGAUGGAAUUCCUGGAAUUUGCCAAAAGGCACACUCUGCACGCCAUCGUGGAUGAAGUUUACAUGCUGUCGGUUUUCGAAGAGCCUUCUACGUUCCACAGCGUUCUGAGCUUCGAAAAGCUCCCGGAUCCUCAGAGGACUCAUGUUAUGUGGGGGAUAGGCAAGGACUUUGCUGCCUCCGGACUUCGUUUUGGGACACUUUACACGCAGAAUCAGGAUGUGUGCAAUGGGGUGGGUUCCCUCUCUUACUUCCAUGGUGUUUGUGGACCCAUCCAGUAUAAAAUGGCCCAGCUGCUGCGCGACCGAGAUUGGAUUAACCAGGUCUACCUGCGGGUAAAUCACGCGCGCCUGAAAGCCGCCCAGGCUUAUGUAGCAGAGGAACUCCGGGCGUUGGGGGUUCCCUUUCUCAACCGCAGCGCAGGGUUCUUCAUUUGGAUCGACUUCCGUAAGUACCUGCGCGCUCCCACCUUUGAGGAAGAAGUGAUACUCUGGAGGCAUUUCUUGGACAACAAGGUGCUUCUGUCCUGUGGAAAAGCCUUUGAAUGCAGCGAACCUGGUUGGUUCAGGGUCAUCUUCUCUGACAAGACCCACCGCCUGCAGCUCGGAAUGCAGCGUAUCCGCAAAGUGCUGGAGGCGAGGGAGAGGGAGAUGCAGGUGGAGGAACAGCGCAGCCACACGGAUGAAGAGGGAAGAGCGGACAGCACCGACGAAGUCAUCUAUGUGUCCAGCCAUCAAGAGCCUUCCAACUCCAAUCUCGGGGAUCUGAUUGUCCAGUUACAGAACCAGAUGCGCUCCUCGGACUGGCUGCAAAGGAACACGGCGGAAACCUUCGCCCUGCAAAACCCCGAGGUUUACCAAGUGUUCAGCAAAUUAACGGGGAAACCCUAAAUUAGGAGCCCAAAAGCACUCCUAGAACCAAGACCAGGAUCACAUUAACAAUAAACUGGGGGGGCUGCUAUUAUAUCCACGGGAUCCGUCUCCAACUUACAUGCAACGCAAACUUAAAGCCUGCAACCUUCUCAGCCCACCCAGGUACCUUCUAGUUGUCUUGGUGGAUAUCGGCUCACUGCGAACGAGAUCAGCGGCGUCUGCGUUUUAAAGAUCGCGAAGGUCGUCCCUCGAAGAAGAGGAAC